AAACGGAAGGAUACUGCAGAAGAAAAAUACAACAAAAGCGCAGCAAAACGGGCACGCAAUUCCAAUCUUGUAAUAGCAGCAGCUAUAUCCUGCAAAUCUUGUGGUGAAAGCGGACACUCAUCUGCGAGAAGUAAGCAAUGCAGCCAUCAUAAUUUCACAAUACAAGAAACUAUCGAAAACAAAAUUGGCCUUAAUCAUCAAAGAUACACAAUGUCUAUACCACUUCGAUCAUUUUCCCCCACAUCUGAUGAUGAUACGUUUGAUAACACCCUCAACAAUAUCAAGAGUUUAUCUAUGUUUCUGAGAAAUAUGAUUUAUAAAGCACAGCUUUUUGUAAAUUACUAUAUUCUUAGGUACCCAGCUGACUUGCCAAACGACUUUUUCCAACAAAACUUUUGGUAUUCUUUAUGUCGGCUU